UGCGGCUCAGUAAAAUGGCUGUAUCUAGCGGAGCCUCGUGUUGGUUGGGUUCGCUCCCUGCCUCUACCCGGGCUCAGUAACACAACUCCCACAACAAUUUCUGUCGCUUUUUUACGCAUUGUAUGGAGCCUCCAUCAUCUCUCUAACCCAUUUACGGAACCGGAACCGGGGGGAUGGCAGCCGGAUUCGGUCCGGUGUGAGGGGUGGGAAUGAAUCGGCACAAGGAUAAAUGGUUAUAAACAAUUAUUUAUAUUCAAUGCUAGCUUGUGAUUGUGACUGACUCGCCGAGAGAGGGAGAGAGAGGUGGGGGGGUAUAUCAUGGCCGCUCAGGUCGCCAGCGCCGCCACUCUUAACACUAGCCCGCCUUCCGAACUCAAAAAGCCGGAUCGAGACCCCAAGGAGGAGUCGGUACCGGGGGAGAAGCAGUCAGACAAAAAGCAGCCGGGCUUGGACAGCGGAUCGCCGGGCCGGGGGGAUCUGCAGGACGGGGCCGACGGUGGAAAUGCAGGGGGAGGAGGGGAACCUGAGAUGAAGAACGGGAAUGGGAACCCGCCCAGGGCUAACAAUAAUAACCAGAAUGACUCUGUCGGACCGGAGGGAAAUAACCAUCCCGGUCUGGUGCAUCACCACGGCACCGCUUUUCCUCCACCUUCGUACGGAUAUAGUCAGCCCUACGGUCGGGCCCCUUUUCAUCAACAUGGCGGACAACAAAGCCCUGGCAUGGCAGCUGCUGCGGGUCCGGUCGUGCAGUCGAGCAACAUGAUGGACCCGUAUCAACCUAAUUCACACGAUCAUGGCUUUUCAAACCACCAGUUUAACAAUUACAACCCAUUCCCGAACAGGACUCCCUAUCCCGGCCAAGCGUACGCCAUGAACUCCCCUCGCAGUACCCAGGCGCCGACAGCUGGGGGGCAGCCAGCUAAGCAGCAGCCACCAGCGGGAGGACCCACGGCGAUGGCUGGAUCAUACAGUAACCAGAGAUAUAACAUUGGAAACCCUCAGCCUACGUCCACACCGACACUCAACAAGCUCCUAACCUCCCCCAGCUCAACGCGGGGAUAUCCAAACUACCCGUCUAGCGACUACAGUAGCCAAGAAGGAGCUAGUAAGGGACCAGCAGACAUGGGCAGUAGCGGUCAGUAUGGAGGGAGCAAUCCGGGUUGGCCACAAAGAAGCCAUCACCCGUCGCCUAUGAGCCCGGGAAGUGCCGGGCAGCCGCUAGUUAGAAACCAGCCACCUGGUCCCAUGGACCCAAUGGGAAAAAUGAGAGGUCAGCUCUAUGGAGCAGGCGGUCCAUACAGUCAGCAGUCGCAGCAGGGGCCUCCCACAGGUCCACAACAGGGGCCCGGUUACCCUGGUCAGGGUUAUGGACCUCCAGGUCCCCAACGAUACCCAGUGGGGAUGCAAGGACGUACCCCUGGAGGCAUGGGUGGCAUGCCAUAUGGUCCACAGAUGGGGUCUUAUGGACAGCAGGGACCAGGAAGCUACGGCUCUCAGGGCCAGGCACCAUAUUAUGGCCAGCCUGGCCAGGCUCCUCAUCCAGGCCAGCAGCAGACCCCCUACUCCCAGCCCCCACCAGGACAACCAGGUGGCCAGACACCUUAUCCAGGGCAACCGCAUCCUGUGCAAAGUUCUGCUCCUCACAACCAGGGAGGACCACCCUAUCAGCAGCCUCACAUGCCCCCACAGCCUCAGGGGCCACUGCCAGGCCCACCCCAAGGGCCCCCACAGUCUCAGCCACCUUAUUCUCAAGCCUCAGCCCCACAGUCUGGCCAGUCUCCCUACGCCCAGCAGCAGGGCCCUCCCAGUCAGGCCCAGCAACAGCCAAGCUCCCAGGCUCCCCCUGGAUCACAGGGCCAGUCCAGCUACCCCGGAUCCACGCAGGGGCCUCAGCAGCCUCCCUCGCAGCAACAGCAGGCGCAGUCUCAGCCCCCACAGCAGCCACAGGGACACAGCCAACACCCACAGGGCCAGCCUGCAGGGUACCCACAGAACCCCCAGCAGCAGCAGCAGCAGCAGCAGCAGCAGCAAGCACAACAGUCACCUUAUCAGCGCUUUCCUCCUCCACAGCAGCAGGAUGUAUCACAGGACUCAUUUCAGUCCAACGCCCCUCCAUCCACUCAGCCUAAAUCUGGCCCAGAGGACAGUCAAGGCCGCCCCUCCAGCCUUCCGGACCUGUCAGGGUCCAUUGACGACCUGCCCACAGGUACAGAGGGCGCUCUGAGUCCCGGCGUGAGCACGUCAGGCGUGUCGAGCAGCCAGGGCGAGCAGAGUAACCCGGCCCAGUCGCCCUUCUCUCCUCACACGUCUCCCCACCUGCCAGGCAUCCGAGGGCCUUCACCUUCUCCAGCUGGCUCCCCCGCCAGCGCCAGCACACCUCGCACGGGACCGCUGUCACCUGCCAACAUGCCAGGGACCCAGAUGCCUCCCAGGCCAUCGAGUGUGCAGUCAGAUGGGAGCCUACACCCUGCGAUGAGCCAGUCUCCUAUGGCCCAGGACAGAGGGUUUAUGCAGAGAAACCCUCAGAUGCCCCCUUACGGCUCCCCCCAAUCAGCCUCUGCAUUGUCGCCGCGCCAGUCCUCAGGGGGACAGAUGCAUCCUGGGAUGGCCCCAUAUCAGCAGAACAACUCCAUGGGUGGCUACGGGCAGCAAGGAGGACAGUAUGGCCCCCAAGGUUAUCCCCGUCAACCUGGCUAUGGCAACAUGCCCAACGCCAACUAUCCUGGGCCGGGCAUGGGCCCAAUGAACCCCAUGGCGGGACAGGGUGGGGGGCCACCAUAUGCUGGCAUGCCUCCAGGAAGGAUGCCUCCAAAUCAAAUGGGGGCACGUCCCUAUGGCCCCAACAUGGGCCCCAACAUGGGCCCCAACAUGGGCCCCAAUAUGGGCCCCAACAUGCCUCCUAACAUGCCUCCUAACAUGGGCAACAUGCCACCCCAGGUAGGCUCAGGAAUGUGUCCUCCUCCAGGCAUGAACAGAAAACCCCAGGACCCUGCGGCCAUGCAGCACCCUGCCACCAACUCCAUGCACAACAGGAUGCCUGGUUACCCCAACAUGUCUCAAGGCAUGAUGGGGUCUGGUCCGCCUUAUGGCCCACCCAUGAACAACAUGCCGGGCAUGAUGAACACUCAAGGCGGAUCACCUUAUCCAAUGGGGCCAAACAUGGCUAAUAACUCAAGUGGUAUGGCCCCCAGUCCAGAGAUGAACAAUAAGAUGAAUAACAAAGUAGAUGGGAGUGGAACGCCCAAGCCAGAUUCUAAAUCUAAGAAGUCCAAUUCUUCCACCACAACCAGUGAAAAGAUAACACGUCUGUAUGAGCUGGGACCGGAGCCGGACAGAAAGAUGUGGGUAGACCGUUAUUUGGCCUUCAUUGAAGAGAAAGCCAUGGGCAUGACCAACCUGCCUGCUGUAGGACGCAAACCCCUCGACCUCUUCCGGCUGUAUAUGUCAGUUAAAGAGAUCGGAGGCAUGACACAGGUGAAUAAGAAUAAGAAAUGGCGUGAUCUGGCCACAGCCCUCAAUGUGGGUACAUCCAGCAGUGCUGCCAGUUCUUUGAAGAAACAGUACAUUCAGUGUUUGUAUGCCUUUGAGUGCAAAGUUGAGCGCGGUGAGGACCCUCCCCCUGAGAUUUUUUCAGAUAACAAAAAGAACCAAGCUGCUAAGGUCCAGCCACCUUCUCCAGCGUCCCUCUGCUCCACAGCUGGGUCGGGCUCUCUGCAGGGUCCUCAGACACCCCAGUCCACCAGCAGCUCCAUGGCUGAGGGGGGCGACUUAAAACCUCCCACCCCAGCCUCCACUCCUCAUACCCAGAUGCCUCCCAUGCCACCCGUAUCCAGGAGCAGCGUUAACCUGCAGGACCCAUUCUCUGAAGGAAAUGACCCCGCUUUCCCCAGGAAGAACAUGACACCCAACUCUGCCUAUCAGUCUGGCAUGAACACACCGGACAUGCAGGGCCGCAUGGGCACCUAUGAACCCAACAAAGACCCCUUUGGUAACAUACGGAAAGUCGGGGAGCAGUUUCUACCUGCUAACCAGGGCCCUAACAGCGGGCUGGGUGACCAACAGCAGCAGCAACCGCCACAACAGCAGCAGCAGCAACAGCAGCAGCCUCCAUUCAACAGAGGACCACCUGGGGCCAUGGGCACAAUGCCAAUGGGGCCCAGACAGCAGUAUCCUUAUGGACCAGGCUAUGACAGGAGAUCGGAGCAAGGAAUGGGCCCAGAGGGCAACAUGGGAUCCGGUGCUCCUCAGCCAAACCCUAUGAUGCCUGCCAACGCCGACACGGGGAUGUAUUCGCCAAAUCGCUUCCCACCACAGCAGCCACGGCAUGAUUCCUAUGGUAAUCAGUAUCCUGGACAGGGAACGCCCCCUACUGGCUCCUACCCAAAUCAGCAGCCUGGAAUGUACCCACAACAACAACAACAGAGUUACAAGCGUCCUGUGGAAGGUGGUUACCCUCCAUCAAAACGUCAUGAGACGGAGUACAGCGGGCCUUUCCCUGGUGGACAACAACCACCGCAGCAGCAGCAACAGCAAGGAGGCGCCUCUGCACCCUCUUCAGGACAGCAGGAGUCGUACAAUCAGUACAGCGGCAGUGGGCCCUACUCCGGCUCUGAUCGCCGUCCACCUGGCCCAGGCAAUCAGUUCCCCUUCCCCUUUGGCCGUGAGCGGAUGCAGGGGGCGGCGGGACCCAACGCCCAGCCCAACAUGCCCCCUCAGAUGAUGCAGUCAGGGCCUGAGGGUCCUCAGGGAGGCAUGUGGCAAGGACCGCGAGACAUGAACUAUCAGAACUACCCCAGCCGGCAAGGCGGCCCUGGGGGCCCGCCCCAGGGACCCGGUUACCCCGGGAUGAACCGCUCAGAGGAGAUGAUGUCAUCAGAACAGCGCAUGAAUCACGACGGCCAGUGGGGUGGCCAGAUGGGCCCACGGCAGCCUCCCUAUGGUCCAGCAGGGCCUGGCCAACCCAUGCCUCGUUCAGUACAGUCCAACUACCAGCCCCCUCAGGGCGUGCAGAACCACAUUCCACAGGUGUCCAGCCCAGCCUCCAUGCCCCGCCCCAUGGAGAGCAGGACAUCACCUAGUAAAUCUCCCUACAUGCACGGAGUAAUGAAGAUGCAGAAGGCUGGGCCUCCAGUGCCUGCAUCUCACAUAGUGCCCCCUCCAGUGCAGUCGCCUCUAAUAAGGCGAGACAUGCCUUUUCCCCCAGGCUCUGUAGAAGCCACCCAUCCAGUACUGAAACCACGCCGGAGACUCACCAUGAAAGAUAUUGGAACGCCGGAGGCCUGGAGAGUCAUGAUGUCAUUAAAGUCUGGUUUAUUGGCUGAGAGUACGUGGGCCUUAGAUACCAUCAACAUUCUCCUAUAUGAUGACAGCAGCAUUUCCACUUUCGAUCUCAACACGUUGCCUGGCCUACUGGAGUUGGUGGUUGAGUAUUUCAGACGCUGUCUCAUUGAAAUCUUUGGCAUUCUGCGGGAGUACGAAGUUGGAGACCCUGGCCAGAGGACACUACUUGAUCCUGAUGCCUUGAAACGAGCCUGGGACGGCACAGAAGAAGAGGAGCCACGGGCUGAGGACAUGGAACAAGAGGAAGAAGAUGACGAAGAGGAGGAGGAACGAGAAACGGAGGGGCCAGCUCACGUGAAAGAGGAGGAGGAGCAAGAGCAGUGCUCUAAAUCUCGGGGCAGAGACGAGAAGACGGAGGACGAAGAGAGGAAGAGCAAGAGUUCUUCAUCUGAACAGACGGGCUCAUCGCAGUCCUUACCUGCCCAUGAGAGACCCAAACAGGCCAGCAAGUUUGACAAGUUUCCCCUAAAGGUGGUACGAAAGAAAGACCCGUUUGUGGGCAGCCAGUCUAAUAAUCACGGGAAACUGCAAGAGUUUGACAGCGGGUUGCUUCACUGGAGUGCUGGAGGGGGAGACUCAACUGAACACAUCCAGACCCACUUUGAACCACGCAAGGACUUCUUGGAACCUCGAGAACGAAUACCUGUGCCCCCUCUAUUGCUGAAGAGACGAGUCCUAGAAGAAGAGAUACUGGAAAAUUGUUUGCCAACUGAAGAGGAGAAAAGGAAGCAUCAGGAUGAAGAAGAAACACCAAAAGAAGCAUCUCCCUCAGAGAAAGCAACGGUCUCAGAGAAGGCCAGCCCCUCGCCCAGCAGCGAGGAGGAGAGGAAAACGCUUUCUGAGACAAAGACAGUGGAGAAAGGUGCUUCAAACCACCAGGAGAAUAAUAGAUCAGUUCUUUCCUCCAGCAGUGUUUUAACCAAGCAGGCACAGCAGACUGGCACCAUCCUGGAGGAUGAGCCUCACAGUAAAGACGAGGGGCCGCUCAUUGCACUGGCUAACUGGCAGGAUUCUUUAGCCCGCCGCUGCAUUUGUGUCUCCAAUAUUGUCCGCAGCCUCUCCUUUGUGCCAGGCAACGACCACGAGAUGUCCAAGCAUCCAGGGCUGCUGCUGCUGCUCGGUCGCCUGAUCCUGCUCCACCACAGGCACCCUGAGCGCAAACAGGCCCCACUCACCUAUGAGAAGGAUGAGGAUUCAGACGAAGGAGUGGGCCAAAGGGAUGAAUGGUGGUGGGACUGCUUGGAGCUCCUGAGGGAGAACACACUGGUCACUUUGGCGAACAUCUCAGGCCAACUGGACCUAUCCGUCUACCCAGAGAGCAUCUGCUUGCCCCUGUUGGAUGGUCUUCUCCACUGGGCCGUCUGCCCCUCAGCAGAGGCCCAGGACCCCUUCCCCACCCUGGGCCCCCACAGUGCUUUGUCACCUCAGAGACUGGUCCUGGAGACGCUAAGCAAAUUAAGCAUCCAAGACAACAAUGUGGACCUCAUCCUGGCCACUCCACCAUUCAGUCGGUUGGAGAAGCUAUACGGAAACCUGGUGCGGCUAAUUGGAGACAGGAAGGUUGCAGUCUGCAGGGAGAUGGCUGUGGUCCUACUGGCCAACCUGGCACAGGGUGAUACCAUGGCAGCCAGAGCAAUCGCUGUUCAGAAAGGCAGUGUGGGCAACUUGCUGGGCUUCCUGGAGGAUAGUCUGGCCGCCACACAGCUUCAACAGAGCCAGAGCUCUCUACUACACCUACAGGGGAUGCACUUCGAGCCCACAAGCCCGGACAUGAUGCGGCGAGCUGCCCGGGCUCUGCACGCCUUAGCCAAGGUGGAGGAGAACCACUCAGAGUUCACACUACAUGAGUCCCGACUCCUCGACCUUUCAGUGUCUCCCCUAAUGAACUCGCUGGUUUCUCAUGUUAUCUGUGAUGUACUCUUUUUGAUCGGCCAGUCAUGACAGCUGUAGGGAGCCGUGGCUCCACUAUUUGGGGGGGUUUUUAUCCCCAAUCCCCUCUUCCCUGGUAACCUGGCUUGUGUGUGUAACAGGGCAAGGAAAGUUCAAGUGACUGUCUUUAAUUUAUGAAAAUCCUUCAGAUUCCAUUCUCUGAGCUCUCCCCAGGCCGUCCUCGCUCGAGGAGGGUAAUCACAGAGCUGUGGUGGAUUACAAACCAGAGAGAAGCCCACAAAGUGACACUACUUGCAACAUGAAUGCCAACUGGAUGACACAGAGCAGAGCACCAUGGUUGGGAGACUGUUCUGCACUUGGGGGGAAAAGUACUUUUUAAUAAAGAUAAAUAAAUGAAUAAAUAAAUAGCUGAAAAACAAAAACUGUAACCAAAGUUGCUGUCUCGUUUACAGUGAGUUUGGGAGACACAGUGUGCCCUAGCUCUCCCCUUGAGGGCACAAUGAGUCUGUAACUGGUUGACGUUCAGAGGUGAAGCAGACUGACAAGUGGCCUACUGGUUAUAGUUGCUGUAGUUGGAUUCUCACCAGUCAGCCCGACAGUAGACAAAGUGCUGUCAAUAGACACCUUCACCAGGGAGGCCUGUGCAGUGUGCAGUAGAUUGUAGGACAUUUUCUGUACCGUACUGCUCUUGAGUGUAAGCAUUCUGUAACACACGUUUCACACAGAAGCUGAAGAUGCAGCUCUUCUAGAGUUUUGAGGUCAUUUUAGUUUGGUGUUAAACAGAAAAUGGCUUUCUUCCCCAAAGUAUCAAGAACCUACAACACCCUUACCUCCUCUUAUCCCUUGAUUGUAUGAAUACCCUUAUGAAAAGAAAUCACCUCUUAGGACUGGUUUUCAACUUCAAAUACAGCUUUGCUGUGGUGUAUAUAUAAUGUUGUACAUUACACUUCCUUUCUCUGUGUCUGUCUCUGUCUGUGUCACUAUUCUCACACUUGUUAUUGGUGAGGGAUGGAGGCUGACUUGUGAGUUUGGUCCGUGACCUCCAGUCCCCCGUCAAUUAGACCCACUCCUCUGGUCUCUCCACAGCUCCGUAGUACGGCAGACACGGCUCAAACCUGUUAUCUCCUGGUACAACAAAAAUAAACUAGAUGAAGUACACAUUGACAAUUUUUCUCCAGUCAUGGAUUCUGCAUAUUUGUAUUUCAGACUAUGUAGCUAAGACAACAUGUAAAUUCCUCCCUUUCCCUUUUUUGGCUCAAUGAAUAUCAUUUAUUCAGUAUGAAAUCUUUAUACUAUAUGUUCCACGUGGUAAGAAUAAAUGUACAUUAAAUCUU